AUGCUUGGAGGCUCCAAGGCCAACAUCUACGUCUCGGUGGCACAAGGACACGAUCGGGCUAUACAGGGAGAACACCACUAUCGCCGAGGACAACCGGAAUGGUAUCUUAGCCUGGAGCCGCACAAGCAUCACGUCCCCGGCCUGCCCCACAAGAAAGAUCCCGAGCCGAUUCACUACCAUGCCAGUAUAGAUGAGUCUGGAUCGUACUCGAUCACGACUUACGGCGUCAAGGGCGAGCCAGAGAUCUUGGGCAAUAUCUUGGUAGCCGAGAAUGUAAAGACGACGCAGGAUGAUGUCCAUAAUGCCUUGAAGGAGAGACUUGUCACGGGGCCUUCGAAACUACCGUCUGAACAGACAUCCGAAGACGAGCCUGAGCACUGGAUACGCAAGGCAUUGCAUGUCUUACAGGCCCAUGAGGUCGUCGAUAAGUUCGAUGUUGGCGAAUUCAUGACUUACGCUCAUGCAUACGCAGCGAAUCGCGCAGAGCACGAAGCACCUGCGAUGAUCGCAUAUCCACGUUUGAACAAGGACCACGAGAAAAAGGCACAGAAACAUCAGUUCUGGGUCACAUAUCCAAUGGCGAGCAAAGUUAGCCCGCGUAAUGGGUUUGGGAAGUACGGAGGUCUGAUGUGA